AUGAACUUCCCAGCAUUACCAAAGAAAAGAACACCUGCAUUUUCAGAUUUUGAAGACUAUGACGAUUUUGAUAUCGAGUCGAGUCCACCGGAACAACAACAAUCAUUCAAUACAUUAUUAAUAAACGAAUUAUCAUCCGAUGAUAAUCAAUUUGAAAUUGAAUCAUCAUCACCAAACGGUAAUAAUAAUAAUAAUAACAAUAAUAAUAAUAACAACAAUAAUAAUAAUGCAACUUCAAGUAUAAAUAUAGUAAAUAAUAGUAAUAGUUCAAAUGGGUUUUCAAGUAAUAGUGUAAAUAUUCCACAUUCAUCAACUGGCCAUAUGAGAAAGGGCAGAAGAUUGUUUUUCGAUGAUCCAGGUUACCCGGGAUCAGCAUCUCUUUCAUCAACAAAAUCUCAAUUUUUUCCAUCUAGUCCAAUUUUAUAUUCUUCAUCACCACAAAAUCCAUUAUUUAAUAAUAAUAAUAACAAUAACAAUAACAAUAAUAACAACAACAACAAUAAUAUAUAUAGUCCAUCAACAAUAAAAAAUGAGUUUAAAAUGCCAAUUAAACCAGAUAUUCCUCCAUCGACACCACCUCAUAAUCAAAUACCACCACAAAAUAUAAUAAAUAAUAGUAAUGAUCAUAUGUUUUCAUCAUCGUUACCAACCUCACCAGUGUCAUGGGGCGCCAAUAGUAUUAAUAAUAGUAAUAUUUAUAGUACACCAACUCAUCAAGCAUUUAUGAAUGGUACAAUUAAAGCCCCAUCUACCGAGGUUAAAAGAAUUAAACCGGAUCAAAGAGCUUUCUUAGAUUCUAUUAGUAGUUCACCAACUCCAUCACCACCCCCAACACCUUCAUUAAAAAGAAGUAAUUUUUCAUCACCAAAAUUCGAACCAUUCCUUUUAAGUAGACUUGAAGAGAAAACAAAUAGAAAGAGAUCAACUAGUAUGUCAUCAAACUUUAAUUUAAAUUCAAGUGGUGGUGUUCCAAAUAAUAGUAAUACAAAUAGUCCAACCAAUAACGGCAGUGUAAAUGUAAACCCAUUCACUGAAGAGGGUAGAUUACAGUCAUCAUUAAAUUCAAAUAAUAGCAGUACAAAUAAAUCAAUUUUAUCCGAUACAAGUAGUGCCAGUGGAGCAGAUUACAAGUUUUCAUUAUAUAAACAUACUUUUUCAAGAGUUGGAUUUAAUUGGCGAGGAAUCGAUGGCUGUUUAUAUGCUAUUAAAAAAACCAAAAAGCCAUUAAAGGGUCAAAAGGAUCGUCAAAUUGUUUAUAGAGAGGUUUAUGGUUUAUCAGCUAUCAAAGACCAUAGCAACAUUGUUAGAUAUUUUAAUGCAUGGGAGGAAGAUAGUCAUAUUUUUAUACAAAUGGAGUAUUGCAAUGGUAGUAAUAUAUAUAAAUGGGUUGUCGAGAAUAUAAGACAAUCCGAAACAAAUCUCUUAUUAUUAGCAAAGCAGAUUUUGACUGGUCUUGUACAAAUUCAUUCUUUAGGUUUGGUCCAUUUAGAUAUUAAACCAGAAAACAUUUAUAUGGUUUAUAAAUGCAAUCAAAAUCGAAUUAUAAAUAAUAAUAUUUUAAAAAAUAGUAACAAUAUAUUUAAUAAUAAUAAUAGUAACAAUUGUAAUAAUAUAAAUAGUCAAGAAAAUAAUAUUAAUAAUAGCGGUAAUAAUAUUAAUAAUUUCAAUAACAAUGAUAAUAAUAAUAAUAAUAAUAGUAAUAAUGUAAAUUCAGACAACUAUUUAAUAAUAGAUGGUAACAAAAUCGAUUUUAAUAGUAUUACAUUCAAAAUUGGUGACCUUGGUUUAUUAAACGAAGCUACUGAUACAAAGAUUUAUUCCGAAGGUGACAGUAGAUACCUAUCAAGAGAGCUACUUCAUGAUGAUAUGUCGGCAUUGAAAAAGUGUGAUAUAUUUUCAUUGGGCUGUACAUUAUAUGAAUUGGCAAGAUGCAAACCAUUACCUAAAUCAGGUAAUGAAUGGGAGUCAAUUAGAAAUGGCUUUUUAGUCGAAGAUCCAAGUUUCUCCAAAGAGUUUUGGCAGUUAUUAAAGCUAAUGAUUCAUCCAGAUCCAACAGUUAGACCAUCCGCAGAGGCGCUUUUAGAGACACCAUUGAUUAAAUAUGGAUCUCUAAUGGAUGACUACUUGAAGGAGAUUGAAGUUCUUAAAUCUCAAUUGGCUGAAAAAGAGAGAAUCUAUCAAAAUUAUUUAUCAGAAAGAGAAAAGAAUCUAGAAAAAGUUAGCUACCAAGAGCAAUUAGAAAGUCAACAUAGAUUAUAUCUUAAAAACCUUGAAAUUGAACACGAAAAAUUAAUUAGACAACAACAAGAAAUACAAGAAAACGAAAUGAGAGAGUAUCAUCAACAAUUGUUGCUUAAAGAACAAAAUAAUAAUUAUAAUAACAACGCUAACAAUAAUAGCAAUAAUACUAUUAGUUUAGAUGAUAUGGAUAUUAAUACUAUUGAUGAAGAAGAAGAAAAACGAUUUAAAUUGCAAGUAGAACAAUUUAAAUUGAUAAGGAAACAACAAAUACACCAAAAUACAACAAAUGUACAUCAAUACCAACAAAAACAACAACAACAACAACAACAACAACAACAACAAUACAAUCAACCAUCAUUUGAACAAUAUUAUGAUCAUCAACAAUCGCAACAGCAAUCCAAUCAUACAACACCAAUAAUUUGUUCAACUACUUUAGAGGGUGGAAUAAAAAAUAUAAAGAUUUAA